UGCCCGAACCAAACAUCACUCUCACACUCCCACACUUACUUCUAUUCAUCCUCAUCACUCCCCAUGCUCCUUCACUUCCAUUUCUUCCAUCUCAGCCGUUGAUUUCUUCCCCCAAUCCCCUCGAUCCCAUGACCCUUAUGUUCUUCUACAAAUCUAGGGUUUCCACCGCCAAUUUUCAUCAUCAUGUCAUCCAAGAUCAAUCACCACCACAAAAUCAACGGUCAGAUCUUCCCCCAACCAUGUCCCCAUCUCGCUGACUUCCGCACCCGUAACGACUCCAAACCGUUCCGGGCCCUUCAAGCCUGCCUGCACAUCAAACCUCCCGGCGGUCGCGCCGCCAUCCGCCGUGACCCGUACGAGGUGCCCCGUUGCGGCGCGUGUGGCGACGCUUCCAAACCUCGUCUAUACGCCUGCAUGACUUGUGCUUGCAUCUGCUGUCACGCGCCUCCACAUUCCUCCCACGCGGCGGCGCACGCCGCAUCACGGUGUAUACCUCCCGGUCACGAGAUCGCCGUGGACGUGGAUCGGGCCGAGCUCUUCUGCUGCGCGUGCCGUGACCAGGUGUACGAUCGUGAUUUUGACGCGGCGGUGGUGCUGGCCCACACGACGAGCUCAAUCCAGUCGUCAAAACCUGAAAAUCUCCGCAAACGACGACGUAUCGAUUACCGUCCGUGGAGCCCAGAUUUACGAGAACGGGCCUUGAUGGUUAAUAACGCAAGCCCAAUUGAUAGUAUGAACGGGAGUAACAGCAAUCUGCCGAUGGGAUUACGUGGACUGAAUAAUUUAGGGAACACGUGUUUUAUGAACUCGGUAUUACAAGCAUUGUUUCAUACGCCGCCGUUGCGGAAUUACUUUUUAAGUGAUAGGCAUAACCGGUACUAUUGCCAGUCGAAGAAUGGUGUUAGGUUGUGUUUGGCGUGUGACAUGGACGCCAUGUUUUCUGCCGUGUUUUCGGGGGAUCGGACGCCUUAUAGUCCCGCGAAGUUCUUGUAUAGUUGGUGGCAACAUGCUUCUAACUUGGCAAGUUACGAGCAACAGGAUGCCCAUGAGUUUUUCAUUUCCAUGCUUGAUGGAAUCCAUGAGAAGGUGGAGAAGGAUCAAAGUAAGCCCCGAAGUCAAGGCAAUGGAGAAUGUUGUAUUGCUCAUAGAGUGUUCUCCGGUAUUCUACGAUCUGAUGUCAUGUGUAUGGCAUGUGGUUUCACAUCAACAACAUACGACCCAUGUGUUGACUUCUCCCUGGACUUGGAGCCAAAUCAAGGGGGUUCUGCAAAGACAGUGCCAAAGUCGAAUCAUUCUUGCAAUGGUGAGGCAGAUUCCAUGAGUUCAAGCCAAAACUGUGGAAUAUCUACCUUGAUGGGGUGCUUGGACCGGUUUACAAGACCUGAAAGAUUGGGGUCUGACCAAAAGUUCUUCUGCCAACAAUGUCAGGUUAGGCAGGAGUCUCUUAAACAGAUGUCCAUAAGAAAGCUUCCAUUGGUUUCUUGUUUCCACAUCAAAAGAUUUGAGCAUUCUUCUGUUCGGAAAAUGUCAAGGAAGGUUGAUCGUUAUCUUCAGUUUCCUCUUUCAUUGAACAUGACUCCUUAUCUUUCUUCUUCCAUCUUAAGGGGUCGAUUCGGGAAUAGGUGUUUUCCAUACGAUGGGGAUGAAUCCGAUGGAUUGAGUGAACUCUCAUCGGAGUUUGAGUUGUUUGCGGUUGUCACUCACACAGGUAAGCUCGAUGCUGGCCACUAUGUGACUUAUUUGCGGUUAAGUAAUCAAUGGUACAAAUGUGAUGAUGCUUGGAUCACUCAAGUUAAUGAGAACAUUGUGAGAGCUGCACAAGGGUACAUGAUGUUUUACGUGCAGAAGAUGUUUUAUUACAAAGCAAGUGAGAAGCAGGUUGUCUCAUGAUUCGUCAAAGGGAAACUGAGA